AUUUGGAACAUCUACCUAAGAUUGCUAAGUUUCCUUUGACUUGUGAUUAGAAAAAGAAAUAGGGUCAUCCUCUCGCAAUCAGUAAAAUUAUGUUUUUUCACUUGACACUGUUUAUUUUGGCUUUCUUGGCUACAGAAACAGAAACAGCUUCUCACGAAUGUUACACAUGUAAAAAUAUUGACGAUCCUGAUGAUUGUCAUAACAUUACAGAAAGCGGUAACCAACAGUCCUGCUUUGCUAAAGUGGACAUCAAGGGGCGAUCUAGGUCGUUUACAUUAGGAAUCACAGAUGAUGAGAAUUGUGGUACGAUUCCAAUUUACAAUGUAACAAAAAUGAAAAGAGAUGUGGAGGAGCAAUGUUUCGAGUGUUGUAGUAGAGACAAAUGUAACAAUCAGUUAUGUCAGCACCGAAAGCCCUCAAAAUGUAUCGACGACGUCAAAAUUGACUGUGCACAUGUGAAUGCGAUGUUUAACAUUUGCGGAAAAGUGCACCAGGCGAAGACUAUGUGUCCUAGGUUUUGUCGUCUGUGCUCAUUAGUUGACGGAAACUGGGCAGAUUGGACUGAAUGGUCUGCGUGUGACGUCACAUGUGACGUUGGCAUACACAUCAGAAAGCGCACGUGCACUAACCCUGCUCCCGCGUAUCAAGGUCUGGUGUGUGUAGGAAAUGACACUGAAACAAAACGCUGCAAUAAUAUGUUGUGUCCAGUAAAUGGUGGUUGGUCUGACUGGUCGGAUUGGGGAGAAUGUUCUGUGACAUGUGACACCGGUCUGAAGAAGAGAAACCGUUCAUGUUCCAAUCCGUAUCCGAAGAGAACCGGCGUUCAUUGCUUUGGCGAAUCAUUAGAUGUUGAAAUAUGUAAACAAAAAGCUUGCAGUGAUUUAUCCACUAUGGUCGCUUUCAGGUCAGAUACAGUGACUGACUUGUCUUUAACGGACAACAAAAUAAUUGUAUUCUCACAUAACACACUCAACAUUGGUGGCGCAUAUAACAACAAGACUGGUAUCUUUAAGGCAUCUGUACCAGGACUCUACCAGUUUGCAGCUCAGAUAUGUUUGCCUCCAGGUUCUCAAACGUAUUUUGGUAUCGUGAAUGAGAUCAUUCUCACGAAGGUUUUAAUCGGGGACCCUUCUUGGACCAAAUGUUACACGUUUGAUGCUCUGACAUUUGUAGAUCUGGCAAAUCAAGUAUCCGUCAAAUGCAUAGGGUCGUGCAGCGGUGAUAAAUUAAGCAAGAAUCAUCUCAUGCAAAGCAGUUUUUCGGGGUUUCUUGUCAAAGCAAAUAUGCAAUAAUAUCUCAAUUACUCUUUCAUUGCUCAAACGAUUUUAACAAGUCAAGACUGCAGAGACAAAAUCAAUAAUAUUACAAAAACCACUUCGUUGAUGACAUUUUUAUAACUAUACAGAUAUCAUUAAAAUGAAGAUAUCCACAGAACGUUUUGGCAAUAAAACAUUUUGGAGUAUUUAUGAUUAAAGUGAUAUAUAGAUAUGGGUGGCAUAAGGAAAAAAUGCACCACUUCAAUUAUUUUUAACAUCAUUAUUAUUAAUCCAAAACCGACAGUUGUCAAGCUUAAGUGUAUUAAAAUGUUUUUAAGUGUUUAUUCUUAUAUAUAUGUAUGUCAUUUAAUGAUUAUAAUUCACAUAAACUUAACUAUACAACACUCCUCGCACCACGGGUUUCUGGAUUGCCGGUCCAGUAUGUUUAACACUACACCACAGUGGCCGAGUCAUGCGCUUUAAAAUGAUGUCAUUUCGACGCCUUUGAUAAAUAAGUCGUGUGCUUGGAUGACGUCAUAUCACAGGUAAUGGUGCACGAAUCUUAUAUAAAAUUAUGAUGAGUCAAAACCACGGCUGACAUAACCCCAAUAAAUCAUGCUUAAACAAAACAUUUACAUUUUCUAUAAUUUUAUUUUAUGUUUACCGUAUAUCUUUUAUGCAUAAUGCGUUUUACAAAUGUAUUUACUAAACUACAUGUCUUUUUUAAAGGGAUAAGCAUCUUCUGCUUUAUAUUCAUUGAUCACUUUAAUCUUUUCAAAUACGUAGUAUGAGAAUAAUUAAUGUAUGAUGUAACAUUAAACUGUUGUAAGCGAAUUUAGUUUUUCUUGCAAAAAGAUUGAUGAAGAAAUAUCAGUUGUGUUUAUUUAUCUAUUUAU